AUGAACCCAUUCGCAGCUGGUGGUUGGGGCUAUGGCUCCGGCAUGGCACCCUCCAUCUUCGGUGCUCUCCCUACGGUCACGAUCUCGAACGCGAAGACUGUGCAGCCAGACAGCACACUUUACAAGUUCACCGAAUGUAACACCACCAUAUUGAACUGUAGCAUCGCCGGGCCGCAGGGGCGCGUCGUAUAUCGCGUUGCCACCGACUCCGGAGCUCUGUCGUCCACGAUGUUGAAAGACAACGACAAUCGCAACGUAGCCAUGGUCAACUGGCAGCCCAACGCCAAUGUGGAGAUACGUGGAGUUGCGUCCAGACAGCGAGUGCGCGAUUGGCUUCAUCUCUCAGCUGACCAAAGCAAGCGGGUGAUGAAUGUCGCCGGUGUUCCAUACGCAUGGUCCCCUGCUGAAGGCUACAUAUGUCUGUAUAAACUCCAGUCGACCGCUCCACGAGUCCUGGCGAGAAUCGGGAGAGCUCAAGAUGUCACGCUUGAGAUGACUCAAGAAGGGAUGCAGCUGGGUCUCCUGGAAGCAUGCCUUGUUGCUACCGUCCUCCUGACCUGCGGUCACAACAUUGACUGA